CGCAAUGUUUUUUUAACUGACAGGCAACUUCUUUUAUGUCGUGUGGCCCUUGGUAAGCCAUUUUACCAGUUUUCAGCCGUCAAGAUGGCGCAUGGCCCUCCAGGUCAUCAUUCUGUAAUAGGACGUCCCAGCUCAGAAGGGCUGUCGUUUGCCGAAUAUGUUGUGUAUAGAGGGGAACAGGUAUGUCUUGCUUUUUAGAGCUGUAUUUUCUUUUCUCGUUGCCCUUGUGGCUGUCGUUUAAGAGAAUACUAGUAGCGACCUUCAAAUUUGACUACUUCCGCCGUUGAUUAUAUUGGGUGCGACUUUGGCCUCCAUUUUUUAGCCAGUUGACAAAAGCUAAAUUUACAUGCAACAAAAUCUUCAUACCGUAAACCCUGCACCGUGAGGUUUGCUAAUUUGUGAACGUAUCAAAGUCGUCUUUCGUGAGAAAUUCGUAAUUUCCUUUACUUUCGAGGGUUUUAGUGUUGUCCGCGGAGAACAGGCACUCCACUGACAUAAAGCAUAGAUAUUUUGAGCGACACACGUCAACCGGAAGUGAGUCCUUUACCCUUUUAAUAUGCCUGGACAGACACUACCAAAAUUGUGUGUUCACUGUUAUAGGGACGAGCUGCGUUACAAUUUGGCCAAAACCACUGUCCAAGAGUGCAAAAAGUCCAGCUCGGUUGACCUUGUUGAUUUGUGCUAUUCAAAAAAUACAGAUANUAAGAGAAUACUAGUAGCGACCUUCAAAUUUGACUACUUCCGCCGUUGAUUAUAUUGGGUGCGACUUUGGCCUCCAUUUUUUAGCCAGUUGACAAAAGCUAAAUUUACAUGCAACAAAAUCUUCAUACCGUCAACCCUGCACCGUGAGGUUUGCUAAUUUGUGAACGUAUUAAAGUCGUCUUUCGUGAGAAAUUCGUAAUUUCCUUUACUUUUGAGGGUUUUAGUGUUGUCCGCGGAGAACAGGCGCUCCACUGACAUAAAGCAUAGAUAUUUUGAGCGACACACGUCAACCGGAAGUGAGUCCUUUACCCUUUUAAUAUGCCUGGACAGAUACUACCAAAAUUGUGUGUUCACUGUUAUGGGGACGAUCUGCGUUACAAUUUGGCCAAAACCACUGUCCAAGAGUGCAAAAAGUCCAGCUCGGUUGACCUUGUUGAUUUGUGCUAUUCAAAAAAUACAGAUACAGCAUUUGGUUAUGAUAAUAUGAUGCCAGUGUCUUUUUAAAAAACUGUAUGUGCCAUUUGGUUAAUUAUCUCAUGACGCACUUCGUCCUUGUUUCCUAUGUUGUUUACAGGCCUAUCCAGAAUACAUGAUCACUUACAAGAUUGUUAAACCCUUCAACGUUGAGGCAUCUCCAUAA